AUUUUAACAAUUUCAGCAAGAAGGAUCAGGGUUUGCAUUAGGGCUGGAUUUAAUCCCUGCUUAUGUUUUUCCUGCUUUUUUUAUGCUGUAAGUCAAGCAUCGCAGAGAGCAACAACGAAUUGGCUGGGAACCAUCGUUCCCAGCUCCUUGAUUCUUCAAGAUUUUUCAAGAUUCUUCUUCACUGAUUCUUCAAGAGAGAUGGAGAGGCUGAAUCAUGCCAAGACAACUUGCCGCAGGCCCGAAAGCAGGAUCCCUGUGCAGAUCGUCAGUGGAGCGGUACCCAGUGUUCACCUUUGCUCUCCGGGGGCUGCCGGUUCAGCUGGAAACCGCAGGGCUUCUGGAUGACGUUUUCCUCUCCUCCCACUGAAUCAGCCUUUUAUUUACUCUUUUGGAAUGCAAAGUAACAGGACACCCUGCGUCUUAAACCUCGCCAUGCUGCUCUCAUAAUGCUGUUGUGGCCACACUGAUACGAAGGGACAACGUUAGGAGGAGGAGGAGGUGACAGCUUUUAGCGAACGAACUGGUCUAAGUGGGAAGAAACAGAGGCUUUGCUGCUGGCUGCUGCUUUUGCACGUGGGACAUGAACAACCUGGAGGAAGGCGUGGAGUUCCUCCCUGCCAUGAACUCCAAGAAGAUGGAGAAGCGCGGCCCAAAGCGGCGGGUGGUCGUCACCGUAGUGGUCAUUGUUUUCCUGCUCAUCUCCCUCGUCACCGGCCUCCUGGUUUGGCACUUCAAAUACAGGAACGUGCCCGUCCGCAAGGUUUUCAAUGGCCACUUGCGGGUUCUGAACUGGGACUUCCUUGACGCUUACGAGAACUCCAGCUCGCCGGACUUCAUCAUGCUGGCCAAGAAAGUGAAGAGCACGGUGGAGGAGAUCUACAGGAAUCAUGCAGAUAUUGGCCCUUACCACAAAGAGACAGUGAUAACUGCGUUCAGCGAAGGCAGCGUCAUUGCCUACUACUGGUCGGAGUUCCAUGUCCCCAAGUACCGGGAGGAGAGUCUGGACAGGGCGAUGGCGGACAAGCAGAGCCUGGUCCAGAGGUGGAACCCCCGCCUGCGAAACCCCAUGCUGAAGGUGGAGUCGGUCGUCGCUUUCCCCGUUGACCCCAGCAUAGCUUACUCCGCUCGGGACAAGAGCUGCGUGUUUGCCCUCCACGCCAAGGAAGGGGAGAUCACCACUUUCACCACGCCGGGCUUCCCCAACAGCCCGUACCCCAACAACGCGCUCUGCUACUGGGCACUGAGGGCGGACGCCAACUCCAUCAUCAGCCUGACCUUCAAGACGCUGGAGCUGGAGCAGUGCACGGAUGACAGUGACUACAUCAAGGUGUAUAACUCUCUGAGCCCCGUGGAGCCCCAUGCUUUGGUCAGGCUCUGUGGGAAUUACGCCCCAUCCUACAACCUGACCUUCCUGUCCUCCCAGAACGUUAUGCUCGUCACGUUGGUUACCAACAAGGAGGGGAGAUUCCCCGGCUUUAAGGCUGAGUUCUUCCAGCUUCCAAAGAUGAAAGUCUGCGGUGGGACUCUGAAAGGAGAGAGUGGCACCUUCACGACUCCCUAUUACCCGGCACACUACCCCCCAGCCACGGACUGUGUCUGGAACAUAGAGGUUCCCUCUAAAAAGAACGUGAAGGUGCGUUUCAACAUGUUCUUUGUGCUGGAGCCCGGGAUCCCCGUCAGCUCCUGCACCAAGGACUACGUGCAGAUCAACAGCACGAAGUACUGUGGGGAGCGUUCCCAGUUUGUGGUGGCCAGUACGAAUAACAAAAUAGAGGUCCGGUUCCACUCAGACCAGUCCUACACGGACACUGGCUUCUCAGCUGAGUACCUGUCCUACGACUCUAGCGAUCCCUGCCCCGGCAAGUUUACCUGCAACACUGGCCGCUGCAUUGACAGAAGCAUGCGCUGCGAUGGGUGGCUGGACUGCGUAGACGGCAGCGACGAGAGAUCCUGCACCUGUACCGACCAGCAGUUCAGGUGCCAGAACGGCUGGUGCAAGCCCAAGUUCUGGGUCUGCGACAACGUGAACGACUGCGGCGACAACAGCGACGAGCUGCAGUGCAGCUGUGCAGCUGACAGCUUCAAGUGCAACAACGGGAAGUGCAUCCCUGACACACGCAAGUGUGACGGCAAGGACGACUGCGGGGACGGGAGCGACGAGGGCAGCUGCAGCAAUGCGGUCCACACAGCAGUCCCCUGCAAGGAAUACACGUACAAGUGCCGCAGCGGGCGCUGCAUCAGCAAACAGAACCCGGAGUGCGACGGGGAGCGGGACUGCGAAGACAAUUCUGACGAGGAGAACUGCAACUGCGGGAUCCGCUCCUACGUGAGGAAGUCGCGGAUCGUCGGUGGGCAGAACUCGGAUGUGGGAGAAUGGCCGUGGCAGGUCAGCCUCCACGUCAAGGGCCAGGGCCACAUCUGCGGGGCCUCGCUGGUCUCGGAGAGCUGGCUGGUGUCGGCCGCGCAUUGCUUCCUGCAGCUGCAGGGCAUCAGGUACUCAGACCCCAGCCUGUGGACAGCCUACCUGGGCCUGACCAACCAAGGCAACCGCAACGGAGCCAACGUGCAAACACGGAAAAUCAAGCGCAUCAUCUCCCACCCCUUCUUCAACGACUACACCUACGACUACGACAUCGCCGUGGUGGAGCUGCAGAGCCCCGUCACCUUCUCCUCCGUCGUCCAGCCCAUCUGCCUGCCAGAUGCCACCCACAACUUCCCCGUGGGCAAGGACCUGUGGGUCACCGGAUGGGGAGCGACCGUGGAAGGAGGCAGCGGAGCCUCCAUCUUACAGAAAGCAGAAAUCCGGCUCAUCAACCAGACUGUGUGCAACGAGCUGCUGACCGACCAGCUGACGCCGCGCAUGAUGUGCGUGGGGAUCCUGACGGGCGGCGUGGACGCCUGCCAGGGAGACUCCGGGGGUCCCCUGGUCAGCGUGGAGCCCAGCAAUCGGAUGUUCCUGGCCGGCGUCGUGAGCUGGGGCGACGGCUGCGCGCAGAGAAACAAGCCCGGAGUCUACAGCCGGCUCACCAGCCUGCGAGGCUGGAUCAAAGAGCAGACGGGCCUUUAGGGACACGCUCAUCCCUGCGUGGAGACGGACAUCUCUUGUACAUCGCCGGCUGGAGACGCUGGGUAUUGUCAUUGCCUCCCGGCAGGGCACAGCCUCUACUGUGAACUUCAACCCUCCCUCUACCUCGCUGCAAGCGCCUGGGACUCCGUGUGUGUGUACCAAACAGCCAGAGCUGAUGGUUCCAGUCAGCCCUUUGUAUUCCCACCUCAGAAAUCAAUGUUUGGAGUAAGAAAUUUCCUUUUGGGGGUAAGCUAGCACAGCUCCCAUUCAAGAUACAUAUAAAAAACGAAUUAAAAAAAAAAAAGAAAAAGAAAAAAUGACAAACACUAUGUGUUUAGAGGCAAACUUUAUUGGGACAGGUUCAAAAACAAGCUUUCAGAAUAUAUUCUAUCUCCUUCGUUUGUUUUCAAACUGCCAUCCGCACCCCUUUCUCUGGUCUUCAGUUAUGGGGGGGGGGGGGGGGUGGGGGGGUGUAGAGAAGUUCUUACCUUGGUUUUGGGGGGAGCCCCUCUAGGAUCCCUCCCCUGGUGUUAUCCCGUGCUGUGGUCUCCUCCCUCCGUCCUCUGCUCGCGCGGAGCCCAGAGCUGCGCGACUGAAAGAGAGAAGUUUGGCUGAAACACGCUGUCGCUCCCCCCGCCCCCCCCCGAGGGAAGCGGCACCCGGGGCUGCUGGCACCAUCAUCCAUCCGCCUGAGGGACCUGGGCCCGUUGGCAUCACCACCAUGUGCCUUAACAAACGCUACGCUGCGGUUUAGGUGACGCGUCUUCGUCUGAGCUCCAGCUGCUUGGAGUUGUGCUGCGCUUUCCCCUUCCUCGCUGUGACGAGCAGAAGGGCUGCGUUGAUUGCGUUCCUGGAGCUUGUCCCCUGCAACGACGACGCGGGUUAGCUGUGCCAGACACCAGACGCUUAGACCCGUCUUAAUUUUGUAAAGGAAAACGUAACGAUGUGACUUGCGAGUGUGCUGAUUUGAUUUCUUUUUGGUGUGUAGCCUGUUCCUUGCCCUAGAAGAGCACACUCCAGUUGAGUUUUAGUUAGCCCCCUCCUUACCUGUAAAUAACAUUGUUUUGUAAAACUCUAUAUGAAGCGGAGAUGCUCUAAUAAACUGGGAUAUUUUCUAAUA